GUAUACAACAUUUGUGUUUAUCUUGCCUGAAAAAACUUUUGCCUGAAAAUGCCACCUAUAUUUGAAUGGAAAUGUUCGUAUUACAAUCAAAAUGAUGGUAAAUGGCUUUAUGGCAAAGUUAAACUACAUCAAAAGUUUAUUCGAUUUAAAUGUGAUGCCGGGAAGCUAGCCAUGCAGCCACUUUCCAUUGAUCUACGAAAUGUGACCGAGGUGAAAAAGAGAGCCACUUAUCUGCUUUUUAAUGCAGUUGUUGUAACGGAAAAGGGUUUAUACCAUCAUUGGUUUUCAUCAUUGCAAAAUGUUUAUGAUGUAAUCAACAUUAUAGAGCAUUUUAGGAGGUCUUCGCUGCUCGGCUCACUGGAUAAUCCCCGGAGGGAAAUUAGCAAAGGAAACCACACAAAAAAUGAGCUACUUGAAAUAGCCUAUGACUCACAAACAACCCUGAUGUCUUCUGCAAUAACCUUGCAUUCUCAAGGUGAACAAUUAAGAGAUGCAGUUAAAAAGAUGGACAUGCUACAUUCAGAUCUGGAGGUUGGGGAAAACAUAGUGAAUGAUAUGGAAUCCUGGUUUGGGUACUGGAAAAUACAACAUAAAAAACAAUCUGUCAUAAGUGGUCAAGAGUUUUCCAUUCUUGCAGCAAAAACACAGCAAGAGAGCCAUAUUCCUUCAAAAAUUAUCCUGGCAAGUAAUUCAAUAAACAUUUAUAGCCUCAAAGAUAAAGAGCUUUUCUCAUUUGGCUCUAAUGAUAUUGAAAAUACACUGGUACAUUCUCCAUUUGAAGUGACAUUUGUCCAGAGACAGAUAGGCAAGCCUGACAUAAAAGCACAUGUUGUUUCAACAGAACUCCCAAAUCUUCUGCACUGUCUCGAAAGACUUUAUAAGAAAAAGCUCUCAUAUGAAAAACCUCAAUUUUCAAGUGAUGAUGAGGAUGAUGGAAAUGAAGACAAGGAAGAUGGUGCUGCAGAAAGUUAUUUGGCUUCUUCUUCCAGUAAAAGAGAGCAGCUCUUUGACGAUUCAAUGAAGGGAAAAUAUAGUGGAACUUCUGAAACAGCCAAACAAGGUCAGAACCAAAAACAGAAACAGCAGAAAGUUCUAAGUGAAUCAGAAGCAAAUGAACUCAGUGGUGUUAUCAAAAGUAUAAAGGAAAUGGCUCUAGAUAUCAAGUGUGAACAAGAUGUUCAAGAUGAGCAGCUUGACAAAUUGGGCUUUGCUCUGGAAAAGGCUGAUGCAAAAGUAAAGAAGGAUAAUCAAGUAAUCAGAUCCAUGCUUAGAAAAUAACUGCACAGGUGGUCUCUGGGUUGAUUAAAAUUAGUGAGUAGAACAAAUCUGGUUAAAUCCAGUAUGAAUCUCUUUUAAAAAUUAUUUCCAUGUCAUUAGAGGGUCUUUCAGGUAUCUGUGCACAGGAAAGGCAGAGAAGAGUUGAAUAUAAAGCUCUCAAUACACCAGUUUAUUGCUUAAGGUAAUUCAGACAAAAGUGUCUGACAAGAAGUUCACUCUCCACAAUUUGAUUGUUAAUUAAGUCUGCAAUCCAGAUUCCAGAUACUGUUGCAGGUUUCACACAAAAAUAUUGAAUAAUAGAAAUUAGAUUCUUUCACCUAACACAUUUUAAUUCACUCUACUACUGUUGACUUUGACUUUCAAUUUUUCUAUCUAUUAUGUCAGUAUCAGUAAAUUCAAAUUAUCUUGCAAUAAUCUCCACCAAAGAAAAAGGGGCAACUCAAAAGCUCUUUACUAAGUUUUUGCCAAAAUUAAAGCUAUCAUAUAAAAUUAGGAGUUCAUUGUUUGAAGUUAUAUCACUUUAAUUUACAUGUUAAAUGUUGCAAUAUAAAUUGUAUUGUGUAUAAUAAUUUGUUUAUAAUACUCUACUUCAUCA